GAAAUCUCAAAUUUCCACACUUCCUCUUUCCACACACAUUCCCUUCCCGUUAUCUUUCACACUGCCUUACUACAUGAAAAUCGUGCCAGACACAACUGCAUAAAAUAUCUUCAAUGGAGGACACCGAGCCUACAGCUACAGAGAGGGUAACUGGAAAAUGUAGUAAUCAGGACACAGACAACCCUGUGCUGAUGAACAGCAAGCCCCUGCAUCGCUUUGUCCAAAGAGAGCCCAGAAGUCUUGGGAUUGUCGUUCUGAUGUUUGGCUGUGCUGAGUUAAUGAUGGGAUUUCUGUUUGCUGGUGACAACACAGAUACCUCUUACAAAAUCUAUGUCCCCUUCUGGCUGGGAGCGCUGUUUCUUGUCUGUGGAAUCCUAUCAAUCUACACUGAGUUACAUCCAUCCAAAAAGAUGGUGACUGUAUGUCUGGCCAUGUAUGUGGUUUCCAUCCUGGGAAUCAUAGUCUCUGUUGGCUACAGGCUACACUGCUUGGGGCACUAUGCCUCCUACCUCUCAUACAGGGGACUAUACGAGGAUGAAAAGGAAAGUGGGGAAUACCAAGUGUUGGUACAACUUUUAUGUGCUGAAAGCAUAUUGUUCAUAUCCUCCCUGUGUGUGUCAGGAAUUCUCAUUUUCUUGUGUAUUUUUGCACGCUUUGCCUUAAAAUCCACACACACUCAGGUCAUUGUCCAGCACAUUCCACUGCCACGAACUGAUACAACAGCAAACUGAGACUGACUUUUAACAGCAUUAAUAUGUAUUAACCUACACUGUUUUUACUGCAGUUCUUGUAUCCUGUGAAAGAUUUUUCAUAUGCACUACUCACAAUAAGUUAGAGAUAUUUAGCUUUUAUGCACUUUAAGCUUAACAGGUGAUCUUAAUUUGACCUUCUGCAAACGCAUGACAAACUGUCCAAUGUUUAAGUGCUUAUUGCAGAACAUGCUGUUCUCUAAGAUGACUAAUCACAAAAUAACCCAAACAAAAAAAGUGUCUGAACCAUUAAUCAACCACCAAAUGUUCUGGUUCAAUGGCAACUAGUAUUUAAACAGUCCUCAUCAUUAUACUGUUCACAUUUUGACAUCAUAAAACCAAGAUAACACCUAACACAUGAAAAGUUAUAGAGCCAUUGACAUUUUAUCUUAUAGUGUACCCACCACUAUUAGUUUUUGUUUAAAUAAAUUAUUCUAAAUGAAGGAAUAAUAAUAAAUAUUUCUAAAUGAAGGAAUUACCAUUUUAUGAUUCUACUUAAAUGUCCUACAUUCUUAUUAUAUCAGUGUAGCAUAAAUUUCAUACGAAAGUUGAACGUCCCUAACUUUUUGUGAGUAAUGAAAAAAGUAAUGAAUAAAGAAAAUGUUACACAUUAUGUAAAUGUUAGACUUCCUCUCACUUUGUAUACAGGCUAUACUUACUAAGUGAACGCACUAACCAUUUAUGUUUCUAGUUCUAUGUUUAGGGGUGGGGGGUUGUUUAGUUCUUGUUGGACAUGCUACAUUUUAAAGCAAAUAUAUCUGCUCUACGUUUUACAUUUUCAAAAAAAGGCUAGUUGCUUUUGUUUUCACAAGUGUAAUGGGAAAUAUUGAAUAUUUGCUGCACUGUUUGCUUUUUCAAUAUCUUAAUCAUGUUCAAGCUGCACAGAUCAGUAGCCUUUAGAAACUAUGCUUAUGCUAUGCUUAGAGAUGUAAUCUUGCAUUUCAUGCAAAAGGGAGACUGUGAUGUAAUGCAAUCAAUUUACAGUUCAGCUAGAAUUGUAUGUAAGAGAUUUCUUGGUUGGGGACCUUAACGGGAAAUGUAGCCUACCAGGUAAAUGUAAGACUUGUCAUUUAAUGUACUUGAUCAUGUAAAACAUUUGAUAACAUACUGGUAAAUUUAUUAGCUCAUUUUUUUCUCAGCUACACUAUUAAAUGUCUUUUCUGAUGGCU